UUUCAGAUUUUCGUGCACUUGACAGCUCUAUACAAGUUUUACAAACGUUUACUUGAUUGUGAAGUCCGGUCUACCUAAAUUGAAAAUGCGGUCAUUUACUGAAAUGCGAGUAUUUGUUUUCUUCGUGUGUAUUGUUGGCGUGUACUCUGAUUGCCGCGAAGAGGACUGGAGUGUAAACUUUGAUUUUCAAGGUCUGUCGGAAUGCAAGCGACCUGGUGACGUCAUUUCCGGGUUUUACCGAAGAGAUAAAGAUGUCAUAGGCGAUGGUCUUCGAAAGUUGGACAAAGUUGAAUGCUGCUCAAAACCGGCGAAGUGGAAACUUAGUGUCGACUAUGUCGUGGCUAACUGGUGGAGCGUAUUAGACAAACCUAACACCUGGGCUACCUGUCAACCUGGGCACUUCCUGGCCGGAUUCUACAGAACUCAGUCCAAAAACGAUCUGAGCAAUAUUGAAGAAGGCCGGUGUAUCAAAGCGGAAGAUCACCCUAAUAGCUACGGCAAAUGUUCGGAUGUUGACAUAAGUUCCUGUAUUAAGAAAGCCGGAUGGUGCAAGUGCCCUGACAAGACGUAUGUUGUCGGCAUACAUCGUGGUAAAUGCAAUGACCUGAGCUGUUUGGAUAAACUUCGCUGCUGCAAGUUUGCUGACCCUAAUGGCAUAGGGGUAUAUCCUGACACAGCAGAGAAAUAAAUACAAAGUUUAGUUUAAACAACAGAGAUUGGGAAACUUUAAAAAUAUAUUUAAUGAGCCAGUAUAUUAUCUAAAUUUAGAUCAGAUUAGUAUAACAUUUCGUUGUUGUCUCAAGGAAAGCAAAAAAAAAAAAAAUAUUGGUUAAACAAAAUUUAAACAUAUUUUUCAAUACAUUUUAUUUAAAUCUUAAAUU